CCCGCCCCUGAGCCACGCUCCGGCCGUCACGGACGGGCUGCCUUGAGGCACCGCGGCCGCGGAGGAGAGGAGGAGGAUGUCGCGGCGCGGCGCCGGUGCCCAGGACAGACGGUGACUUGCGGCGCGGGCCGAAGACCCAGGCGCGAACUCGGACUUUGUCUUUGGGGGCCCGUGCUCGGCCCUUCCCGGUUUCCGGUGGGAUCCCAGAGGAGCCUCUGUUUCUCCAGCCUCUUCCACCAUGUCCAAGAUGCCGGCCAAGAAGAAGAGCUGCUUCCAGAUCACCAGUGUCACCACGGCCCAGGUGGCCACCAGCAUCACGGAGGACACCGAGAGCUUGGACGACCCGGACGAGUCGCGCACGGAGGACGUGUCCUCCGAGAUCUUCGACGUCUCCCGGGCCACGGAUUACGGCCCCGAGGAGGUGUGUGAGCGCAGCUCCUCGGAAGAGACGCUCAACAAUGUCGGGGAUGCGGAAACUCCCGGGACCGUGUCCCCGAACCUCAUCCUAGAUGGGCAGCUGGCAGCCGCCUCGGCUGCGCCCGCCAACGGAGGCGGCGGCGUGUCGGCCCGGAGCGUGGCGGGGGCGCUCGCCCAGACCCUGGCGGCGGCCGCCACUUCGGGGUCCGCCCCGGGGCCGGGUAGUGCAACUCCAUCUCAGCCCCCCACCACUUGUAGUUCCCGUUUCCGCGUGAUCAAGCUGGACCACGGGAGUGGAGAGCCGUAUCGGCGCGGCCGAUGGACGUGUAUGGAAUACUACGAGCGGGAUUCAGAUAGCAGCGUCCUCACUAGGUCCGGGGAUUGCAUUAGACACAGCAAUACUUUGGAGCAGACUGCGGAGCGGGACAGCGGCCUGGGCGCCACCGGAGGGUCGGUGGUGGUGGUGGUGGCCUCCAUGCAGGGGGCGCACGGGCUGGACUCGGGAACUGACAGCUCCUUGACUGCUGUGUCACAGCUACCCCCGUCGGAGAAAAUGAGCCAGCCCACUCUCGCCCAGCCACAGAGUUUCGGCGUCGGGCAGCCACAGCCUCCGCCGCCCGUAGGUGGGGCUGUGGCUCCAAGUUCGGCGUCGCUACCGCCGUUCCCGGGAGCGGCGACCGGGCCGCAGCCAAUGACGGCAGCCGCUCAGCCAACUCAACUCCAGGGAGCGGUGGCCGGCGGCGCCCUCCCGGGGCCUGUUGCCCAGGGUCUACCACCGACGAAUGUAAACCUGGCGCAGCCUGUUGCCCUGGCGGCUCAGCCGGGCCAGGCGGUCGGCUCUUCGCUGCCACAGCAUCCUCAGCAGUUCGCGUAUCCCCAGCCUCAGAUACCACCCGGGCAUUUGAUGCCGGUCCAGCCCUCGGGCCAGGGUGAGUACCUGCAGCCGCACGUAGCCCUGCAGCCGCCAAGCCCUGCGCAGCCCUUGUCCACAAGUGCAGGCGCGACCUCUGCUUCUGCGGCCAGCUUUCCUCUGGGGUCUGGCCAGAGCGUCCCCUCCUUGGGUGCGCAGAUGAUGGGCACCUCUUCCCAACCCAGUGAAACAGUGGCCCCUGGUCCGGUUUCCGGCGGCCAGGCCGCGCCUAGUCAACCGCCUGGAGUGGCCGCAGCUGCUGUAGGAGGCGUGGUGCAGCCAGGCGCUGGGCUUACUGGGACUGGGCAGCCCCAGUCCGUGCAGCAACCGCCGCAGAUGGGUGGCAGUGGUCAGCUGUCAGCCGUGCCUGGUGGUCCUCACACCGUGAUGCCCGGAGUUCCAAACGUGCCUGCGGCGGCACCCGCUCCAAGCGUGCCUAGUGUGCCCACCACUUCUGUUACUAUGCCAAAUGUACCCUCGCCACUGGGCCAGUCUCAGCAGCUGAGUAGCCAUACGCCAGUCAGCCGGAGCAGCAGCAGCGUCAUCCAACAAGUUGGGCCACCCUUAGUGCAAGGCACACACAGUGCACCAACAAGUCUACCACAGUCUGACCUAAGCCAGUUUCAGACUCAGACCCAGCCUUUAGUCGGGCAAGUUGACGAUACUAGAAGAAAAUCAGAACCCCUACCUCAACCACCACUUUCUCUCAUUGCUGAAAAUAAGCCUGGUGUGAAGCCUCCAGUUGCAGAUGCCCUGGCAAACCCCCUUCAGUUAACACCUAUGAACAGUCUGGCCACCUCUGUGUUCAGCAUAGCUAUUCCUGUUGAUGGUGAUGAAGACAGGAAUCCUUCAACUGCUUUCUACCAAGCGUUCCAUUUGAACACGUUUCAGGAAUCAAAGAGCCUCUGGGAUAGUGCAUCUGGGGGCGGUGUUGUAGCCAUUGACAACAAAAUAGAACAAGCAAUGGAUCUGGUGAAAAGCCAUUUGAUGUAUGCAGUAAGAGAAGAAGUGGAAGUUCUAAAGGAGCAAAUAAAAGAAUUAGUGGAAAGAAACUCUUUACUUGAACGAGAAAAUGCACUGUUAAAAUCUCUUUCAAACAAUGAUCAGUUGUCCCAACUCCCAGCCCAACAGGCCAAUCCUGGUAGCACUUCUCAACAACAAGCAAUGAUAGCACAGCCUCCUCAGCCAACGCAACCUCCACAGCAGCCGAAUGUCUCCUCAGCAUAAAGCUUUCUUAAGCCUCCUUAAGGAACAAACUGAAAGCAAUCUUUCCUUGUGUGCCACUGGUGUUCUUUCCACUUUAUAGAAAGCAAGUAGCCAUGCUUCGGCUGUGUGCUUGGCCUUUUCAGUAUUAGACAAUCGUUCUACAGGAGCUUUCCCUCUCUAAGAUGUCAUGCAGCACUGUUGAUGUCCGCUUGUAUGUCAUCAGUACACGAGGCGGGUAAUAGAUGGGGUUUAUUAAAGCAAGCAGAAUCUGCAUUCUACAUGUGCGCAUGAGUGGGAUCUUAAAAGUUUUGGUGGCUCUCCUAUGUUUCUUACCACCUAUGGAUUUACCUUGAGCCUUCCUGUCACAUAACAGUUCAUCUAAAGAGCCACUUUUCUUUCAAUAUCAGUAACAUUUGCCUACGUAAGUUUUCAUUUAUUUUGUGUUUUAUUUAUUACAGGGCUGCUAUUUUCAUAAUGUACAUGAACAAUGUCACAGAACUUUUUUAAUUUUUUUGAAUAAUUACAAGUAUCAGUAAAGGAAUUGAAAGACAGGAUUACAUUUAAUAAAACGUUUAGGCAAUAAUUGAACAAAAGAAUCCUGGCACAUUUCUAACACUAAUGGCAAUUUACCGUUGGUAUUUAUUUUCAAUAGUAAAGAUCCAGCUUGAAUGUAAAUUUUGUAUAGUUGUAAGUAUGAAAAACACAGUGCACCUGUACAGGUAGUCACCAGUUAUUGUGAUAUAAUAAAUAAUUGGGCUAUUUUCAUGAAGAAAACUUUGUUCAUUUGUUUCUACUUUCUAAUAGAAAUUGCCACGAUUUCUCUGCUUUUCAACAUUUCGUAUGACUUUUUUUUUUUUUUUUUUUUUUUUUUUUUGGGUGGGAAUAAAAAAGCUGUGAAAUUGUUCAACCUACUUUGUAACCAAAGAAGCAAAGCUGUGUAAUGGAGUUUUGUUUUGUUUUAUAAUGCACAUUCUUUAUGUAUUUUUAUUUAGUGUUUUCUUGGUCACAAUUUUCUUUGCUGUCUAGCAUGAUCUGCAUGGCCUGUAAUCUUUGAACCACUUUCGUACCUCAUGUUUUUAUCCAGCACUCUUAUUGUACUGUGUACUAGUCUGUGAACAAUGUCAAAUAAAAAGAACGAGCAGGUCGUAUGGUGGAGCUGAGCUAGUGUACAAUGCACCAGCUGUACGAAACAAAAUUGAAGUGAGCCAUCUUUUGUUCAUUUAAAAUGGUGUUUUGAAUUUCAUAUGCAGAAAACGUUUUGUUACAUUGCAAAUUUUAAUGUAUUUAAAAUAAAUGCAACAUGCAGAUUAAGUGCAGUGUAUACUGAGUAUUUAAAUUAAAAUGUACAUUUCAUAAAUACAGUUUCAAGAGAAAGCAUCAUUUUGUGUAUACUAACACAUUAAGUGUAUGUCAGAAAUUGAUGUAAAAAUAUAUAUUUUAACACAUUUUCUGAAAUUAAACUACAGUUUUGUUCAAAUAUUUGGCUCUAUAUGUGUUCAGAAUUUAACUGUUUUUUCACAGUUUAAAAUAUUCCUUAAAUGAAAACCCAUAUUAUUAAUGACAAUGAUAGUUCUUAAAUUUUCAAAGUAAAAUAAUUUAAAGAACACAAGAAUGGUGAGCAAUAUUUGUACUCAAUAUUCAUAUUAUGUUAACAAUAUAAAUAGGAAAUCCUCGUCUACCAAAACUUUUACUUGAAUUCAGAAAGGUGCCUGUAGAAAUUAACAUGUCCUGUAUGGGUAGCCCACUAGUUAAUUAAGUCUUAAUGAGAAACAGUAGUUAUCUCUCUGUGUUAGAAGAGGUUAAAUGUUACCUAUUUGAAAUGUUCUAGCUUCAAAUGAGAAGCAUAAAAUUGAAACAUACAUGACGUUACCAAAUAUUUUUUAUUCUAGUUGUGCUACAGAAAAUAAUGUUGAGUAAGGAAAAAAAUCUCAUGUUAAUUAAUAAUAUUGGAAACACUUAAAAGAACUAGAUAAGUAUGUAGACUUGAAUAUGUAAUAACCCUAAGGAUUCAGAGUGAGAGUCUAGUAGAACCACCAUGGGCAAGAUAGGAUGUUAAACUGCUGUUGGAAUGUGAACCCGAAUAUUCUCUGUGCCCUUCCAGUGCUAAUAGUGUAGUACUUCAUUCAGAGAAAAACGUAACACCAGAAAAGGGUUGUAGGAGGAGACAAAGGGCAGAUGGCUGCCCAAGAAUGCACAAGAUCGUCUCUUUGAUGCCUGGUAUGGGAAAAACAUUGAUUUGUGAAAAUAAAAAAUGAGUUUUUAUUCUAGAGACAGAAAAACAUUUAAUAAACAAUACAAUAGUGGUCACCAAUUUAUUAACAUUUUAAGGUUAAAAAUGCUGACAGCAAUUGCUACUCUUAUUUUUUUAAAAGGGGGAAAGUCCUAGAAAAUGGUUAAGAAAAAAAUAAAAUUGGUUUCAAAAGGACUAACCUCAAACUAAAAAUUUGAUUCAAAUUAUUUUAAUCAAUUAUUGUUUAAAUAGCAGGAAUUAAUGUAGUAAGGUGGGCUCUUCUGUGUUCUGAAUGAAAUUUGUCAGUGUGUAUUAAGAGCUUUAAAUGUUAAUAAACUAACUCAGCGGCAUGAUGCUGAACUCGAGGUGCAGUGUUCAAGAAAUGCAGCUGUGUGCCUGUUCUAUAUAUCCACUCCUUCCCCUAGGAUUCAAAAGUUUGUUGAUUGUCUGUCCCUACCUAAAGUUGUAUAAUAAAGUUUACAUCUGAA